AUGACUCUCAUCGUGUUGAGCAUCGAUCGGAACGAACUCAGGACGAACCAGAAAUUGCAGAAACAGCUCGUUGGGCACAUUAUAGGGUCGUCAGCCCAGUCACUGCUAGUCGUGGCAUACCCGACGUUCAACGCUGUGUUUCUUCAGCUCUCAGGACGGCAACAAGCGGUUUUCAUGCUCGUUCUGCCUGUGAUCAAGUUCAUCACUAAGCAAUUUAUCGCUAAAGUUGCGACCUAUCUACACGACUACAUCGGUGCUCUCAUCAUAUUCUCGGUGAAUGUUUUCAACGUUUUGUAUGUGGCUAUCUGCAUGCAAACGGCGCGUUCGUCUCUCACGACUGUACUGGUGAUGUCGACCGAUAUUUUCCACAUCCUUCUCGCUCUCCGAAGUAUUUGCCACCUCACAAACAAAAUUCAGCCGCAAAAGGAAGAUAACACGAACUACCUCGACAAACUACUGACAUUUCUCGACAAAUUUAAGCCUACGACCAAGCCAUACAGUGGCUCAAUCCGCCUAAUGAUGCCAUACAAGUUGCCACUCUCUGAUGCCAGUGAAGCGCUCCUUCUUGCGCUAGACCAGAAAUGGAAUCGUACCACUACAGUGACGAAUUCCAAACAGGAAUGA